AUGGAUCAGGGAGCAAUUGAGUCUAGUUUCCAGGCUCAAGUUCAUUUAUACAAAUAUAUGUUCAAUUUCAUUGGUUCAAUGUCACUCAAGUGUACUGUUCAGUUAGGGAUCGCGGAUAUAAUCCAUAACCAUAGAGAAUCCAUCACUCUUUCUGAAUUGGUCUCAGCACUUCAAAUCCAUCCUGACAAAACUAGUUGUGUGUACGGCCUCAUGCGCUUGCUUGUGCACUCAGGUUUCUUUGGUACGACCAAAGUUCAUGAAGAUGAUCAAGAAAAGGAGGCAUAUGUUCUGACACCUUCUUCAAAGCUGCUUCUCACAGAUAAGAUCAACUGCUUGUCACCCUUUGUUCGGGAAGUUCUUGAUCCUGCUUCAAUGAAUCCCUUUCAUUUCCUUGGAGACUGGAUCAAAGGGGACAAGAACACUGCAUUUGAGAUUGCUCAUGGCUUGUCCUUGUGGGUCUGUGUUGAUCAAAACCUUGAAUUCAAGGACCUAUUCCAUGAAGCAUGGCACUUGAUCUUAUCUGUGAGAAGCAGCUUUGAAGAAGGUGUCAGAACAUAUGCUUCCUCUUCUUGA